UAUUAUGGAGGUUAUGAUGGGCCUAUUAACGAGUGGGAUGACUACUCCAGAUAUGUAAAUCCAGAUGGAGUGGAGAUGUCCCCUGGAGUUUACGGGGAAAAUGGGUCACUCAUGUAUCACCAUGGUUACGGAUAUGCACCUUAUGGUCCAUACUCCCCUGCAGGUUCCCCAGUGCCUACCAUGGGUCAUGAUGGUCAGCUGUAUGGACCCCAACACUACCAGUAUCCUGCUCCUUAUUAUCAACCACCAACCCCCCCUAGUGGGCCUUAUACUCCUAACCAGCCCCCUGUUCCUCAAGGAGAUGUUUCAACCUCUGUUGCUUCUGAGCAGGUGCCUUUGCCAGUAGAAACAGCCAAGGGAAAUAGUAAUGGAAUUGCGAAUGGGAAUGCAGAUGGAAAUAAUGCAUCAGGACCAUUAAGACCCAGCUACCAAAAUUCAUCUUUGAAUGCCAAUGGCUCGUAUUCGAGGGGUGUCUUGCCGGGUGGCAUCCCUGCUUCUGGUUAUCAGGACCCUAGAUUUGGUUUCGAUGGUAUGCGAUUGCCUGCUCCAUGGUUGGAUGGCCCAGUUUUUUCUGAUGGGCAGCCUAGACCUGUUACAAGCAGCUCCAUUUCUUCAACUGUAUCGCAUAUCGGUAAUGUUCCUUCUGGGAGGAAUCCGAAUCUUCGCCCUGUUCCCCAUCUUAUGGGUUUGCACCACCCGAGACCCACAUCUGGCAUGAACCCUGCUACAGGAUUCAUGAACAGGAUGUACCCCAACAACAGGAUGUAUGGUAGUAAUACUAUUCGAAGUGGUACAGGUUUUGGAUCAAAUGGUUAUGACUCCAGGGCAAAUGGGCGUGGGUGGUUGGCUGUUGAUAACAAGUACAAAAACAGAGGACGGGGAAAUGGUUUCCUUGGUUAUGGAAAUGAGAAUAUGGAUGGUUUGAAUGAAUUGAACAGGGGACCAAGAGCCAAAGGCUUUAAGAACCAAAAGGGGUUUGUACCUAUCACAUUAGCAGUUAAGGGGCAAAACCUCCCCUCAAAUGGGGAUAAUAUUGAGAAGGACAAGGAAAAUUCGAGUCUGAUUCCAGAUGGGGAACAGUAUAAUCGCACAGACUUCCCGGAGAAGUAUUCAAAUGCGAAGUUCUUUAUUAUUAAAUCAUAUAGUGAGGAUGAUGUCCACAAGAGCAUAAAGUAUGGUGUGUGGGCUAGCACGCCCAAUGGCAACAAGAAGUUGGAUGCUGGCUACCAGGAGGCUCAGGAGAAGUCUGGUGGCUGUCCUGUAUUUUUGUUCUUCUCGGUCAAUACCAGUGGGCAGUUUGUUGGACUUGCAGAGAUGGUGGGCCCAGUUGAUUUCAACAAGAAUGUGGAGCACUGGCAACAAGACAAGUGGAAUGGUUGUUUCCCUGUGAAGUGGCAUAUCGUAAAGGAUGUACCCAAUGGUUUAUUGAAGCACAUCACCCUUGAAAACAAUGAGAACAAGCCUGUGACCAACAGUAGGGACACUCAGGAGGUCAAGUUUGAUCAGGGGCUUCAAUUGCUUAAAAUAUUCAAGGAUCAUUCUAGCAAGACAUGCAUCCUUGAUGAUUUUGGGUUCUAUGAGGCUCGUCAAAAGACAAUGCAGGAAAAAAGGGCUAAGCAACAGCAGUUUCAGAAACAGGUUUGGGAUGGGAAGUCGACUCAUAUUGCUACCUCUGAUGAAAAAGAUAAAGAAACGGCUAAUGGAAAACCAAGACUACAGCUGGUGGCCUCAUCUAUGCCUAAGGAACCGGUUGUGGUGGCAGCUUCAGCAGUUAUUCAGUCAAAUGGUGAACACAAGAUGUCUGAAGAAAAUGAGUCAGUUGCCGGAGCUGGAGAUGCCCCAAAGGGUGCUAAGCCAGCUGUGACAGAGAAAAGGGUUGUAGCUAAUGGGGUGGCAAAUGGAUGCUAGUUUUACAUGGACUUGAUUCCCUCACCGAAGUGGUAGUUGCUGGGGUUGCUUUAGAAAAUUGGGUCAGAAGUUUUGCUGCCUUAGAUUAGCAUUCAGAAGUGAAAACCCCGACAUUCCAAGACUUUGGGUCUCCAAGUGGAUCUGGCUUACUAAAAGUCAAUAAAAUGUAGAUGAGAGAUGGUUAUGCCUCCUUAGAUUUUUCCUAGUUGUAGUGAGGUUCAAUACCGUCUCAGGUGUCUCUGAAUAUUUGAGUCUUUCUUCUGGCCUUUUUUUUUUUUUUUUUUCCUUUUUACCAUUAUGACAUCUGCCUGUGGCAUUUAGGAUUUGAUGGGUUCGUUUCUAUAGAUAGUGGGUAGCUCCUAACAGUAAGUCUCCCGGGGGUUUUGGAAUUUUCUUUAGCGCUUCAUUAAAUGUUUUUUACUUCAUCACCCCUAUUUCUUCUUUGGUUUUUCAUCCUGUAAAUCUGCUUUGUAUCUGUAGAAGGACCAGUUAUCAGGUGGCAUAGUUCUAAAGAGUUGGAAGAGCAUGAAGAGUUUCUGUUUUUA